AUGGCGACCUCAACCACCGUUUCCUACACGCAGAAUCUCCUCAAAUACAUGAAGCUCGACCAGAAGGGAAGCGCCAUGGCCGAGUACAUCUGGAUUGAUUCUCAAGGAGGUGUUCGAUCUAAGUCAAAGACUCUUCUCAAGGUCCCAGAAUCUGGUGAAUUCGCUCUCGAAGAUCUCCCAGAGUGGAAUUUCGAUGGAUCCUCCACCGGUCAAGCUCCCGGCGAAGACUCUGAUGUUUACCUCCGACCUGUCGCCAUCUUCCCAGAUCCAUUCCGCGGUGCUCCAAACAUCUUGGUCUUGACCGAAUGUUGGGACCCCGAUGGAACCCCAAACAAGUUCAACUACCGCGCCGAGUGUGCCAAGCUGAUGAACGCCCACAAAGUUCACGAGCCAUGGUUCGGUCUCGAGCAAGAGUACACGCUCCUCGACUUCUCCGAUAGGCCUUACGGAUGGCCAACCAACGGUUUCCCCGGUCCUCAAGGUCCAUACUACUGCGGUGUAGGCGCCGGCAAAGUCUUCUGCAGAGAUAUUGUUGAGGCUCACUACAAAGCUUGCCUCAAUGCUGGUGUCAAGAUCUCUGGUACCAAUGCCGAGGUCAUGCCGGCUCAAUGGGAAUUUCAGGUCGGCCCUUGCACAGGCAUCGAGAUGGGUGACCACCUCUGGGUAGCCCGUUUCCUCCUACACCGUAUUGCGGAGGAGUUCGGUGCCAAGAUCUCCUUCCACCCCAAGCCAAUCCCAGGUGACUGGAACGGAGCUGGUCUUCACAGCAACUUCUCCUCCAAGGAGAUGCGUGUCGAGGGUGGUAUGAAGCACAUUGAGGCAGCCAUCAAGAAACUUGAGGGUCGCCACAAGGAGCACAUUGCUGUCUACGGAGAGGACAACACCAUGCGUCUCACUGGUAAACACGAGACUGGUAGCAUCGAUACCUUCACUUAUGGUGUUGCCAACCGUGGUGCAUCCAUCCGUAUUCCAAGAGAGUGUGGAGCCAAGGGUUACGGUUACUUCGAGGAUAGACGACCAGCUUCCAAUGCUGAUCCAUAUCAAAUCACUGGUAUUAUGAUGGAGACGAUCUAUGGUGGACUUGACGGUACCGAGUUGAAGAAGUAA